AUGGUGAGAACACCCUCCAAGAAGAUCCCACUUGUGAUACUAAGCGAUGAUGAAAACUUUUACACUGAAGCUUAUACACCCUCAAAACACAAACCUCCUUCAACCUCUAAGUUGCACAGAAAUGGCAAGUCAAUUGACUCAGUUUCAGGUAAAGCCAAGAGAAGUCUGUCCAUGUGUUCAGAACCUGAUAUUGAGGACUAUGGCGAUUUUCUGAGGAAGAAGAAGAAGAACACCAAAGCAGAUAACAACACUUUACUCCACCGGUUUAGGAGCAAGAAAGGGUUGUUUGUCACCGAUGUCACCCAAACCGAAUGGUGUGAAAGGCAAAUGGAGUUUUCUCUCUUCUCUGAAGAAUGGAAGAACAACGAAGGCAAGCCAAUGUAUUUUGGAGGAGAAAGGAACACUGAAGCUAUGAAAGCUGGUAGAAAUCGACAUGUUCAACUUCAACUAGAGGUUCAGACUACGGUGGAACUGGAGGCGAAGUCAGCUGAGGAUGUCAUGGCAAUGAAACUUGUUAACUUCAUAAAUGGGGUGAAUCAGUUGCUGUUUGAUGGGUUAACACGCGAGCUUCCAAUCCUGAGUUUUGCUUUUGGAGAAGGCAUAUGGAUGGUGGGGAAGAUCGAUGAAGUUCAAAUGCCUAAAGCAAAGAAAGAUCAUAAUCCGAUACUAAUUGAGUUAAAGACUCGUUCCCAAGACACGGUUCCUUCAGAAGCACAGAAAAGAAACGGAAGGAUUCAGCUAAUGUGUUACAAGUAUUUGUGGGACAGUUUAGUUGCACAUGCUCAUCAUGAUUUCCCACGCAAACAGUUGUAUGAUUAUUUUGAAUUGAAUCCACGUCGUACUUUAAGUAAAGAUCUACGAGCAGCGUGCAAAGAGUCUGGAUUCACAGCACUGAAUCUUGGUGAUGUGGUGAGGUGUUACCAAAAUACGUGCAAGAGACUGCAACCUUCUAAUGAAAAGUUAGUGUUGAGAUAUGAGUCUCAGAGGGACCAUUCAGUGCUGGUUGAAGAAAAGAUUGCAUAUGAUGAGGGUUGGGUGAAGAGUGAAAUAGGGAGUUGUCUUGAGUUGUGGCUUGGACAGAGAGAAGCCAGUUAUGUGGCUGAGGAUGAGCAAUGGAAGUGUGGUUACUGUGAUUUUGUUUCUGAGUGUCUAGGAUACACUGAUACCGACAGUGAGUAG